AUGCCAUUACCGAAUUUUAGGUUAUUAACACUUCUAUGGAAGCAUAUAAUUUGCGGUACAUUAACAACCGAAGUGCAUUGCACUCGGAUAACACCAAUUCAAGGCAAUGUUGCAAAUAUGGAUGAUUCCGGAAAACGGAUUCGAGAAAUCAGUACAACCGUUGCUGAUUUAACACUUAAAGAAACAUUAUGCCUUAAUUUCUCGGAUGGGACGAAAACACAAAUUCAUACCAUUGAAUACGUUCGAAUGGAACAGCAAUUCCCGAUAUCCGCAUUUUAUAAAUUUGGAAUUCCACUAAUUAAAACAACAUGCAUUUGUGAUUGCGCUGGUGCCGAACAAUAUUGUAGUGUGGAUGAUUAUAAAUAUAAGAAUUGCACGAAGAGUUCUGUUUGCUAUCGAACUUAUCAUGCGCAUCAAUCAAGUAGCGGUUGUUUAAUGUCAUCCAAAAGUGAAGUUUGUUGUGAAGUAGAAAUCGAACCAUAUGAGGGAAAAAUUUAUACAGCUGUAAAACUAACACAACCGGAUACUAUAAUCAUUUUGCGGCAUCGCAUUUAUGAACGAAUAUCAAAUCGUUCAUGGACUGAAGCAGCUUCUGAAGAAUUUGAAGCAGUUGUUAAUAAAGGUUCCGCUAAAAUGGAAACAAUUGAUAAGAGACAGAUGGAAAUACGAGUAACAACAGGUCGUGUAAUUCGUGAAAUGCCAAACGGAAUGUAUUAUUUUUCAAAUGAUCAUCGAGUAUUAAUGAUGGGUGUACGAUUAAAUGAACCUACGGAAAGUGACAUUCAUAAGUUGGGUUGGUUACGAAAAAAGGACAAUUCAUGGUUGAUACGUAAUGGAAUUAUAAAAAUUACUGAUUCUCAGCAUAUAACAAUCGAAAAUUGCAAAGGACAGCGCUAUUUAACUCGAUAUAAUGCGGAAUAUUUUGUAAUUUAUGGUGAUCGCUUAAUUGAUCUUGAUCUUGGCUAUCCAAUUAAUGAACAAAAUUGGAUUGAGCGAGCAGAAAUUUUAAAUGAUGAUCGAGCAGUGCGAAUUAUUCAUGCUGAAGGCACCGUAAUACAUAUUAGUGUUAGCAGUGGUACCAGGCCUAUUAUUCUACGACAUGCUUCACAUUUGUUAACAUUCAAUGGAACAAUUCGUAUGGAUGAACAAUCAAAUCGUUUUCUCAAUCUUACUAUAUUAGGUGGUAAAGGAACUUUAAUUGGCUAUGUACAUCGAUCGGAAGAUAAAUCAAGUACCGAUUGGAGCUUUAGUAUAGAAAUUGGUACAGCAACAAGGACAAAAUUUACUGCAACAAUUGGUGGAAUUCCAACAGGAAUAAUUUCGGAUCGUUAUGUAUGCUUACAACCAGCUGGUGAUGCAAAUGCUGAGCAAUGUAAAUGGUUAAAAUAUGAAGCAUCACCAUUACGUGAACGACAUAUUGCACAUCGUUGGCAAGCAGGAAUUGCUAAUUGUCCAGGAUGUAAUGAGCGUGGUAUCGAAAAUUUCCUACUUAAACUUGAUCCACGUCAAUGGCUUGAUGGUUUAAAUUCAACAACUGAAGCGGUUACAUGUGCCUUAGAGAUAGCGCUUAUUAUUGUAAGCAUUUUAGCUACCGUACUAAUAUGUACAAAAUGCAUUAUUCCAUUAGUACGAUGUACAAUAUCAUUAAGUAAACCACCAAGAAAAUAA